GCACAAAUCAAGGUCGUUACUCUUCUUUUCAACCACAAUCAAUCAUCUCUUUCAUACUGCGACGCAUGUCUUAGUAGCCAAACAAAGCUCCUCACUCCCCUCCAUACGUCUCUGACUGCUGCCUCCACCACCCCUAUUCCCAUCACCACAACAAUGGCCGCCCGCCGUAAACACACCUAUACCUCCGUCUCCGAAAUUAAUGGCUCCGCGCCCAUAACCGCCGGCAUGCCAAGCGGCACAAUCAAGCCCUUCACCGCCAGCGCGCGCCGCUCGCCCUUCUUCCCCACCCGCCUCGAAGCGCUCCUCAUCUCCAUCUACCCCGCAACGCUGCUCAUGGGCAGCAUAAUCAGCACCAUAUCGCCCGCGUCGCGCGCAGCACCGUACUCUGCAGACUCGCAGAGCCACCCGCCUGAGUUCGCGCCGAGCUACUUCGCGCUCAAGAAGAACGUGUUCAAUGUGUACUUUGUCAAGAUCGGGUGGUUCUGGGCGACCCUUGCGUUUGCAAUGUUCGUCCUUAUGCAUCCUGGCUUUGGGCGUGGACUUUCUGCGAGGAGAGUCCGGGCGGUGCUGCGGUAUGGGCUUGUCACGACGUGGUGGGUGUUUGUCACGCAGUGGUUCUUCGGGCCGCCACUGAUUGAUCGCGGUUUCAAACUUACGGGCGGCGCGUGCGAACUGGCGCGGGAUCCAAAUGCAAGGGCAGAGAUGAGCGAUACGAAGGAGUUUAUUACGGCGGCGACGUGCAAGGCUGUGGGCGGCAGCUGGAAGGGUGGUCAUGAUAUCUCUGGACACGUGUUCCUCCUGAUCAUGGGAUCUUCGCUGCUUUGGCUUGAGUUCUUGCCUGCGUUGACGCGCGUCGAGGGUCUGCGCGAUGGCCGACUUAUCACUUUAUCGGAUGGCAAGGUCGCGAGCGUCGCGGUCGAGAAGGAGGACCAGAAGGUUGAAGGUGAGGCGACGGCCAGGGGCGUUAAGUUCGCGCUUGGUGUUGCGGCGCUGAUGUGGUGGAUGUUGCUAAUGACGGCUGCAUACUUCCACACUUGGUUCGAGAAGUUCACUGGCUUGAUUGUUGCGUUUGCGGGGCUGUAUACGGUGUACUUUGCGCCGAGAGGCUUGCCAGCUUUGAGGGCUUACUUAGGUAUGCCUGGUGUGUAAGAGUGGAAGGGGCCAUUAGAUUCAUAAUUGUCAAUGGAAACGCGCCAUGAAGUAACGGCUUGAGCGUUUUGUACUAUAUUAAAUCACAGCACUGCAUUCUGAGGGCGGUCCGUGAUCCACUGCAUCGGCC